AAGCAAGAGAGUGAGGAAGUUGAAACAAAAGUCACUGGAGCAGAGGAGUCGGGUGUAGUCGCUCUACUAGAGAUGGACUCUGAGAUUGGAACUCUUCAGGUAGCAGUUACUGCCCCAGGGACAGAAACGGAGCCUGACAAGGCUCAACAGACAGCAGUAAAUAAAACAGUGGAGGAGAAUGCUCCACAGACACCAGAGAAUGAACUGAUUGCUCCACAGACAGCAGUGGAGGAAGAGAAUGAAGUGACUGCUCCACAGACAGCAGUGGAGGAAGAGAAUGAAGUGACUGCUCCACAGACAGCAGUGGAGGAAGAGAAUGAACUGAUUGCUCCACAGACAGCAGUGGAGGAAGAGAAUGAAGUGACUGCUCCACAGACAGCAGUGGAGGAAGAGAAUGAAGAGAAUGCUCCACAGACAGCAGUGGAGGAAGAGAAUGAAGAGAAUGCUCCACAGACACCAGUGGAGGAAGAGACUGCUCCACAGACACCAGUUGAGGAAGAGACAAAAGAGAAUGCAGCUCUGACUUUGGAUACUGAAGCAGCUCUACCACAGGCAGUAGUUCAGGAAGAUGAAGUGUCUAAAGUCACCACUCAAGAGAAGAAAUUGAAGUCCUCUCCACAGACGGCAGAUACUGUCGUGGUGGUAAAAGCUGACGAGACGCGUACUUCACCAGCAAAAGCUAAAAGGAAGCCCUGUGAAGUUAUAGUCAAAGAACUGACCGUUAAGUCGAAAAAAUUUCGUCCACGUGCCACAAGGCAGCACUCUCCAACACCACAAGAAAUACUGACCGACAGGCAGUUGGGAGUUUUAGUUGCCUGCCUCACACUGGUCGGUGGCCACUCACACCUCUGGAAGCUGGGGCAUGCCUACAGAACAGAGUGCAGUAACAAUGCCUUCCUAACACUGAAACAAUUUGCCUCUUGCCCUGAAGUAUUGAGGCUAAAUGGUAAUAGCUGUGUUUUCCUACGUUCUGACGUUGAGGUCGAAAAGGCUGUGACCCCAGUGAGCCUGAAGCCUGAGACAGAGGAGGUAAUGCGGAUGUGUCAGGAUCACUGUAACAAAGAGGGGAGGAAUAUAGGAGGGACUCUUAGGUAUAAAUACACCAGGCAUGACUCCCUGGCCAAAGGCAGGAGAGUGAGCGAAGCAGAGAGUGGUAAGGAGGGAGAAAGGCAAAGGAGAGAGAAGUCGCACACUCCUGUCUGCACGAGAAAGAGCUGGGAAUCUGGAGAGUUUCGUCGUCAUAGAAGACGAUCAUUGUCCCCCCACUUCCCGAGAGACGUCAGGUCACCAAAGAACCCUGGCCACAUUUGCCAUGUACUGAAAUUCUACACUGACUUUUUUGCCACCAGAACUGAGCCAAUUCUCUACUCAGACCUGCUUCAUGAGUAUGUCUCCGCCACACACCUCCCCAGUGAGUUCUACCUUCCCUCUGACCUCCUGAAGUACGACUUUGACGUGUAUCGCAAGGACAACAAGCGGUACAUUCGUCCUCUAAUGCAAACAGAAAACACCCCCCCGCCUGUUUCUGCCGACAGAGUGACGAGCAAAACGGGCACAACUGAGGGCACUGCAGCCGACAAGCAGGAACCCACUUGUGAAACAGAAAAGGCUAAGAGGUCCAGAAGCUCUAGUAAGCUGAAGUCCAAAGCUGCUAGUAAUUUCAAAUCCAAGAGGGAUAAAGACGUGUCUGGUUCUACGGCAGCCACAAAGGAGCAGAGUCCUACC